AUGAUGAUCGCGGUUGUUCAUGAUCAUGACUUUGACAUGAUGUUCUUUGAAAGUGUUGGUUCUACUUCUCCUCGCGGCGUUCCUUUGCCUGAUGUGAAAGAGCCGGAGAAACGAGUGAAGGAGCCGAUAGUUUUGAUGCCCUCGGAGGUCGCGAAGAAGGAGGAGAAGAAGAAGCGCGCAGCCGUGAUCCUCUGCAGCGGAGGAGGAGGAGACAGCGAGAACGUGCUGCAGUUCCUUCGCUCGCAAGGAGUGGAGGAGGACGAGACGAUCUGCCUGCUGCAGGAAGGAGGGGAGAGCGAGCAGCCGACGAGGGAGGAAGUGAUCAAGGCCUUCGCGACGCUGGUGGAGGGGGCAGAGGAGGGCAAACCUCUCUUCCUGUACCUUCAAGGAAGCUGCGGGACUCAGGGAGGGGAAGGCAAGGAAAGGGGCGUUGCUACGCGCAAUGGCCUUGCGCUGACCUGCCGUGACAUAAUGCAGCACCUCCUCGUCCCCCUUCCUCCUCAUGCCCAGCUCACUGCCCUGCUGGACUGCUGCGACCUUGGGUUCAAGCUGCAGUACAGCUGGGAGGACGGCGGUUGGCAGGAGGGGGCGAGCGAGGAGGAGAAGGAGGAGGUGAAGGCAGACGUCUGCGUGCUCUCGGUGCAGUCGGACGAGGAUGUGAAGCUGAUCGGGGACUAUCCUUGCUCCUCGGGCUCCAGCUGGAUGGUAGAGAGCUGCAGGGAGGCCAAGUCAGUGGAGGACCUGGCGAAGAGGAUGAUCGCUUCCUCCGCCCUGCAUGUCACGCAGACUGUCAAGGUCUCCUCCUCCUCCUCCUCUUCCCCUCACAGCCAGCACCUCAACGACUUCAGCUCCGCCUCCUUCUCCAUUGCCCGUCGGCUCGUCGUCAUGCUCGACGUGGAGGCAAUCAAGAGCAUGAAGACCAAGGUUGACAUGCGGCAGCUCCUGGCGCUCCUGACCCCAAACGCGUCCCGUCACAAUCAAACCGACGGCUCCACAUGCCCCGCCAAGGGAUCCCAGCAGAAGAAGGCUGAUGCCAACGCCCUCUUCCUCUCCCUCAACUCCUCUCGCUUCCACUCCGACUUCCUCCUCCGUCUCGACCGCAUGCAGCACAAGGAUCGCAUCAUCUCUCCCGCCAUGCAGGACCAUCUCCUCCGUGCGUCGCUACCCAGCGACUCCUCGCUCGCCAUGGAGGACGUCAAGGACCUCAUCGUCUUCUCGCAGACGCUCGUGCGGCCCCUGUGGGAGAAGGAGAAGAAGAAGAACUCGACCAAGUCGACGAUCCUCACUGCCCUCGAGCAAGAGCUGGUCCUCUACCAGAACGACUCCUUCCUGCUUCACGUGAGCAACGAGAGCAACGUAGGAGAAGCUCUGGGUAGGCUCACGAUGAUGAACAACUUCAGACGCUGA